AGCAGCUUCGAAAUAGCAAAGUUUGCAAACUUCAACUCGCAUGUUUGAACACACGCGUGUGCACCACUUUUACGAAUCGAGCCGCGCUACCUGUGUGUGAAGUUUUCCGCGCUAUGUCAAGUAAAUUCUGCCUGUGAAAAAUUCCUUCGCUCUGCUACGAAAAAGUCCGUGGAUUUGUGAUUUCCCACUACCGGAACGGAUACGCAGUAGGUGCGCAUUAACGUUGCCCGUGUAGCGUGCACCAUUAAACGAGAGGAAAUGUGCAGCAAACAACCCCAUCCGUCGCCGUAGUUGCAGCUGUCUGGUGUCGUUUACAUCGGUGCGAUCACCCCACGUGUUUGAGGUUAGGUAUCGAUACUGCCCGUUUGUGGGAUUGCGGCUGUGAAAAAGUGAGACGAACGUUCGUCACUGUCUGUUGGACGUCGUUACUCAAGACAAAAUAGAAGCGCUGCUUCGCUGUGAAGAGCUGCCAUUAGCCGACUCUACCCCUACUGGGCUCGUGUGUGUUACAUAAAGGAAGAGAGAAAAAAGACGCAUAUUACACAGUGUUCCGUCGUGCACCGCCAGCACCAUGGCAUCCACUAGUGACAAAAGCACACGGGCUUCCUGUGCCGUCCUAACUGUUGCCCUUAGAACCAAUUACGAUCUGCGUCGCCUCUCCGGGGGCACCGAAUGGGGCGAAGGCUUAGAGUAUCUACGCUAUCUCAAUGAAACGAAACCAAUCGAGCCGAAAUGUCCGCCGACAAGGGAUGAACUGAUCGCUUCCGGUAUGUUGCCGGCAGAUGGGACACAAAACAUGACAACCAAUGCUGUCGAUCCGGAAGCCCUGUUUGAUGAACUGUUUGAGGUUGAUAUCGACUAUCUGAAGAGUUUGGAUCCGAAGGAUUGGAAAAAUCAGGACCAUUACGCAGUGCUUGGACUGAAGAAGAUGAGAUUUGAGGCGACCGACGAUGACAUUAAACGAGCAUACCGCAAGAUAGUGCUGAAGCACCAUCCAGACAAACGGAAAGCGCUGGGUGAAAAUGUAAAGCAGGACGAUGAUUACUUUCACUGCAUCACGAUGGCAUACGAGACGCUGGGCACCCUGAAGAAUCGUCGUGCCUUCGACUCUAUCGAUCCCGAAUUCGACGAUUCGCUUCCGUCCCAGUCUGAGGUGGAAAAAGAUUUCUACGGUGCUCUGCGAGACGUGUUCAAACGCAAUGCACGUUGGAACGAAUCAAGGAAAUCAGCACCCCAGCUGGGUGACGAUAAUACGUCCCGCGAAUCGGUGGAACAUUUUUACGACUUUUGGUACAACUUCCAGAGCUGGCGUGAGUUCAGUUAUCUCGAUGAGGAGGAUAAGGAGAAGGGACAGGACCGGGAGGAGCGUCGUUGGAUCGAGAAACAAAACAAAGCCAUCCGGUUGAAGCGCAAGAAGGAGGAAUCGGCCCGCAUCCGUUCGCUUGUAGAUCUGGCCUACAAUAAUGAUCCACGUGUAGUCCGGUUUAAGCGCGAGGAAAAGGAACGCAAACUGGCAGCCAAGCGUGCCAAACAGUCCGCAUACCAGGUGCAGAAAGCGGAAGAAGAACGUGCAGUGAAGGAAGCGGCGGAAGCGAAACAGCGCGCCGAAGAGGCAGAACAGAAGCGUAUCGAGCAGAUACAGAUCGAGCGCGAGCGGACGAAGCGUGUUCUAAAGAAGGAGCGCAAACUGUUCCGUGAUACGGCCAAGGGCAAGGAUUACUUUGCUGCGAACGAGAAGGAACGACUGAAGCAUCUGGAAGGAGUGGAAAAAUUGAUUGAUUCGUUCAAGCUGCUCGAAUUACAAGAUUUCAACAAGGAGCUAGCGGCGGGCGGUCGGGACGUUUUUGUCAAAGCGCUCGGGGACCUGGAAGUUAGGCAGGAGCAGGAACGAAUGGCCGCGCAACAAACGGCACAGAUACCGAACAAUGCUGGACUGAAGGUGGUCAAUCGGAAGGCCAUGUGGACGCACGAUAACGUGCAGUUGCUGAUAAAGGCCGUCAAUCUGUUCCCGGCCGGAACGAUUUCACGCUGGGAGGUGAUAGCGAACUACCUGAACCAGCACGGCACAGAACUGGGCGAUAUGCGGUUCUACGCGAAGGACGCCCUGAACAAGGCGAAGGAACUGCAGGCAGGUGAUUUCUCCAAGAGUGACCUUAAGACGGUGGUGAACCAGCAGGCAUACGAAUCGUUCGAGCGCAGCAGAAAGGAUCUCAAGAUUAUCGACAAUUCAGAGAUUAGCAUGAAGGAGGCGUCCGAGGCGGCAGGCAAGGAGAAAGGACAGCACGAAAAUAAGCCCAAGCCGGCGGUGAUUGAGAAGAAAACGGCAACCGCUCCGUCGAUGGUAAAUGGUGGCACGAAGGAACACGUAGCAACGGAAGAAAAUGGUGCUGCUGAAGGGAAGGAAAAUCGCAACAAGCAACCCAAGCAGGCUGUGAAAGAGGAGAAACCGCUGGUGAACGGAACGGCGGAGGAUAGCAAUAACAAACUUAAUACUGCCCCGGUGACGGAAGGGAAAUCGAAACCUGCCGGUGGUGGUACGGCGGCCAAAAAGGAGAAGGAAGCGAAUCGGGUCUGGAGCAAGGAGGAACAGGCACUGUUGGAACAAGCGAUCAAGACGUACCCGGUGUCGUGCGGUCCGGAUCGUUGGGACCGGAUAGCGGAGUGCAUACCGAACAGGACGAAAAAGGAUUGCAUGCGACGAGUGAAGGAGUUGGUAGAUCUGGUCAACGCGAAGCGUGAGGCACAGCAGAUUGUAAAGUAGAGGCGGGACCGACGAUUUGGAGGUGGAGCCUUGUAUAACAUCUUCCCGCAUCCUGCACCGCGUCGGACAACCUGUGUACAUAAUGCUAAUAAUUGGAACUAUCAUAGCAAAACUAACACACCAUAAUACACAUCUGUACCAGAGCACACACUCACACACAGACAAACAAAAAUACAUCUAUUCUUUAAUAAUACGAUUGCGACCAAGAGAGAGCCUCAAGAAAUUUGCAGACAAUGAUUAAUUAAAGUAUGAAAACCAAUCUCCAAAAAA